CCACACAUCAUUUGAUUGGUCGUUGACUGUUUAUUCAUCAUGUUUACCAUUAUUUGUUAGUUAUUUACUUGCGUAAGUCCAAUUUAUGAAUAAUACUAUUAUACCUACUUACCUAAUAAGUGUAAAGAUCUUUUAAGGUUUGGUUAAUUUAAAUGGCAUAAUUAUUAUUAUUUUAAUGUGGUUGAACCGACCUUUUACAAAGUUACUGUAGACACAAGUUACUGAAGACGAAAAGAAAAGGAAAAUCAAUCUGAUAUGUUAAUAAUCAAAAAAGCAUCCUACUUCAGUUGCGGGCAGUGUAAAAGAUGAUUGCUAUGCUAAUUUGGUUAUCAUAUAGGUAAAAGGAACAUCGAUAUUCAGAAUUGUAAAUUGUAUCUAUAAACAUGACAUAUUGUAAUAAUAAAAUAUAUUUAAUGUCUGAUUAAUGGGCCUAAAUAAAUGAAGCAAUAAAUCACUGUAACAGUGGGAAGUUAAGCAACUUUUAUUGCGUUGUAAUAUCACAACCGUUGCUGUUAGUAGUCAUAAGCAGUAGGUAGGUAUCGUAUCCUUAGGUAUGUAUUUGUUAUUGUUACCAAGACUCGGGAAUAAAAUUCAAAUAACGAUUUAAAAUUUCCUCAAGCCUCAAACAAACUGGUGGAUCAUAUCCAUAUCAAACACAUCCGAUUUAGGAAUUGAACCCGCAAUACUUCGUGCGCAGUCGUAAUUGAUGCUAAGUUAACUUAACACUCGGCUAUAUUUUAAUCUUUAGUACUGUAAAACGGAGUGAAAAUUGUUUUUCCAAGGUUUGUUUUAAUACAAUUAUUUUAUAAUGCUUGAAAAUCUUAAUACUUACAUUUUUUUGUUUUGCCUCGUAAAACGUGCAAAGUUAUAGAAAAAGUGACAUCGACCCCGAAAUUUAUAAGGUAAUUUUUAUUACGUAAGUAACCCAUUUGACAUACGCAAAACUGUUCAAAAUCUCAGUUUUUCGCAAAAUACUUCUUGUCUCACGAUCUACUGAACUUGUAUUCACACUAUCCCAACACCAAGGUACAAAGCGAAUGAUAACAAUAACAAGUGGGGGAUUAUAAUCAUAAAAGUGAUAGGUUGAUACCGAAACUGUCCAAAAUCACUGAUUUGUGUUCUUCGCGAUAUUUAUUUGACGUGGGAAAAUCGAUUAGCUUGAGUAGAUACGCGUCAAAACCCAUGAAUGGUAAGACUAGUACGAAAGUAUUCGUAAGUAUGUGAAACAAAUUUAUUUAUGGCCGUCCGCUUGAUGAAUCUACUGGAUGAGGUCUAAGAGGCAUAAGCUUAAUACCUAAGAAAAAAAUAAUUUAUUGUUUUUUAAAAAUUAAAAUUUUCAUUACAAUUAUUGACAAUGGUCCCCAAACUAAGCUGGAAGCUUGUAUCUUGGGGGUAAAUAAUCUAAGCAUUCCAAAAUGGCCCAGUUUUCAAUGAUGACUGCUAAAUCGUGCCCGUCCCCCACAUGAAUAAUGCAUCGUUAUUACAUGAUGCGACAAUUUACUCACGCGUAUAUAUUUAUCAGAGCUCAUGAUGGACUCCGGUUUGGUCGGAAGCUAGUCGGGCAAUCCCAAUAAACUAUGUUUGAGCAAACCGUUGCAUCAUGUAAUUAUGAAUCACGCUCACGAAAGUUACUGCAAAAUAAUCUUCCGGACACCGGUAAGUACAAUGUUUCCUACCGUGAACCAGGCGGUAACGACUGAUAGGCUGUCGCGAUAAAGGAAACCAAUCACACCAACAUAAGACAAUAUAAUGAUUAUAAAUGUGUAAUACCUUAGCUAAAUACACCCUGUAACCUUAACACGGACUUGUUUUGAAAACACCUCGACCUUGCAAAGUUAAUCUGCAUCAUAAUUUGUUUCAUAGAUAACGAUACAAGAUUAUAUACCUAUUUGCAAUUUAUAGGUAACGAAAUGAUUACGAAAAGUUACGUGGAAAAUCACUUACUUGAUAUUCGCUACCUUUACAGAUUUCACUUGUAGGGCUCUUGACUUUUCUCAUAAUAUCGGUACACUUUCCUAAUAAUAUAGGAAAGUUAUGAAUACAUCAUUUGCUUUGCGCAAAGCUUGGUUCACAAUCAAAUCAAUGACGUCUAAAAAGUUUGACUUCGCGCCAAAUUAACAAAUAGGUCAACUUCUGCCAAAGACUAAUAAUACAGAUUAGAAAAAUUGAACAGAUUAUUUAAUACCCAAACAUCGUAGAUUCUUUCAUAAAAAUGUUGAACUCUUCGAAUAAUGAAUUUGAUACCUUUCUCUGACAUUGACAGUUAUUUAUCUAAAUAGUAAUUCAUAAAAUAACAAAAAUGAAUAAACUGUACAGGAUUCCAAUUCGAAAGUUUUCGGUGCAUCAGUGUGACUGGACCCGAUGCUGGCCGAAGCCAGAUUAUGGGCCUGUCGAAGUCCAACGCUCAGUCCUUUUAAAUGGUAUAAAGGUAGCAGCUUCAAAACCGCUGGGUGCCCAAAUCGGAUGUUGCACUAUAAUGUAUCAGUCUGGUUCUCGCUACGAGUGUGAUGACUCCCUGGGAGCGACCCACUUCAUCCGCGCUGCGUCCUCGGCAUCCAGCUGCGCCUACUCUGGCUUCCACAAGAUGCGGUUCCUGCCGCAGCAUGGCGCCUCCAUAACCUGCACUAGCAAUAGGCAGUCCAUUGCCUACACACUGCUUUGUCAACCCAGUAUUUACUCAGAAAUGAAGUGCUAUUUAUUAGACACGGUUCUCAGAUGCUACUUCAAACAAUGGGAGAUCGAUGAUUUGAAGCCGCUGAUACGCGAUGACCUACACCGCAUCACCCCGGAGAUGCGUGUCAUAGACUUAGCACAGAAAGCCUGUUGGGGAGGUUCCCUUGCCAAUUCCAUGUUCUGUGAGAAUUCCAGGAUAGAUGGCAUGACAGGAGAAGUACUGGACAAUUUUGCGAACUUCAAUUAUAAAACGGAUCAUUGCACUGUGGCAAGUGUAGGCGUUCCUUUUGAAGAGACCUUGAAAAUGGCUGAAGCGAUAGAGCCACGACGCGAGAAGCCAGGACCGAGGGUACUGGUGCCGUCUCGACCACGACGAGGUUUCGAGUUUUAUGAUUUAGGACCUGACAGCGAGACAUGGAUAUGUGUUGUUGUGCCUGGAUGUGGGUCAUCUGACAUAAAGAAUUUGAUAAUGCAUGCUAUUGUGGCAUCAGCCUGCGGCACAGAGAACAUCCAGGACGGCCUGCACUGUCUGGACAGGACUCCUCAACAACCGCUCGGUCUCAUGUCCGGUACCGACAUCUACACUGAGUACAAAGCUUUCAAUCUGUCCUACCAAGAUACCGGAGUUUUUGGAAUUGUAGCCAGGACUCGUGCUUGCACGGCGUGGAAAGUGGCUGUAGCAGCGUCUGAAUUCCUCACCAACGUUGGAGAUCUCAAUUUCAAACAAAUCGAUGUCGGCAAAAAGAGACUUAAAGUACGGUUAGCUCUCAAUGAUGACAACUGCGUCACGUUAACAGAGGGAUUGGCCCUUCAGUUGGCCAACGGUGUUCAAAUAGACAGCGCAAAGAAUUCCAUAGCGAUGGUCGACCAAAUGAGCAAUGACGAGAUAUCAUGCGUUGCUCAGGGUUUGUCCAAAAAGUAUAAAGAUAUGGCGUAUGCUGUAGUAGGUGACAUAACAAAAGUACCCCAUAACAAAGAACUUAUUUGUGGAUUUUAAAUGUCUACUAUAAUGAUGACAAUUUUGAAAGUAUUUUACGAUACAGUGAAUGGUUUCUAUUAAAGACUCAUGAAUAAAAAUGGUUUACAUUAGUUGACCGAUAUGAAA